AUGAUUAAGGAUAAAGGCUUGCAAGUUGAACAAGAUCUGCACAAUGGAAAUGAAGUGAAAAUGGAGGAGAUGAUGGCGGUUAUGAACCCUAAUGGUUUUGUUGUUAUGGAGGAAGAUCAUCAAGGUGAGAAAGAUUUAUGGCUUGAUGAUAGAGAGCAAGAAAAUCUUCUUGAUUUGAAUGAUGCAACAAUUUUUUACAAUGAUUUUCCGCCUCUACCGGAUUUUCCGUGCAUGUCAUCGUCCUCUUCGUCGUCCUCGACCCAAGCGCCGAAAAAAGCCGUAACCGCCACCACAACAGCUUCUUCUUCAACGUCAUCUGCGUCUCAGGCGGAUUCUUUCUCUUUUUUGAAGUCAGAUACGACGGAAGAUACUCACGAGAGGGGAAAAUUCCAGCAGUACAAGUGCGAUCAGGUGAAACCAGAGCCUACCGCUUUGUCCUCCACCGCCUCCAUGGAGAUCCCUCGACCUGAAGACACCAUAGGUGAUGUUGAUUGCAUUAAUGUUAUGGAAGAUUUUGGGUACAUGGAUCUGAUUAAUAGUAAUGAAAUUUGGGAUCCAUCUACCGUUUUCCCUAUGGAAAACGCUCAAGAGUAUUUUGUUUUAAACCAGCAGCCACAACUUGACGGGCAAGUUCAGAAGAAGCGAAGUCAAGAUGAGGACAAUGAUGGGUUCAGUUUCUUACAGGGUAAUAGUGAACUUGCCAUGAUAUUUUUUGAAUGGUUGAAACAAAACAAAGAUCAUAUUUCUGCAGACGAUAUGAGGAAUAUAAAACUGAAGCGUUCCACCAUUGAAAGUGCUUCGAAACGUUUGGGAAGUAAUAAGGAAGGGAAGAAACAGCUUUUGAAGCUCAUACUGGAGUGGGUUGAGCAAUACCAGCUUCAGAAAAAGCGGCUAAGAGGCUGUGGCAGUGGUGGGCCACAAUCACCUUACGAGCACUAUCAAGAACCCGAUCCAAACCCUAACUCCAAUUUUAAUUACAAUUCAGUUUCUUCUAAUCCCAAUGCUUGUUUCUCUUCCUCCCCGUGGAUGGCUGCGCCUCCUCAUCCUCCUCCACCGUCUUUUGUUCAGGACUCCUCCGCAGCUAUGGUUGCACCACCACCACCUUCCUCCGCAUACGGUGGUGAUCCUUAUUCAAAUGCUGUUCCUGUUUCUGUUAAUCCACCUGUGAAUCAAGCUAUCAAUGAAAUUCCAUAUACAUAUCCACCUGAAUAUCAAAUGAUGGAACAUGCGCAAUCCUGGCCUUCAUCGCAAUUUCCCAUUUCGUCGCCCCAGUACAAUCCUUACCUCGAAAAUGGCUAUAUCCCACAAGGAAUUCCCCAGGACCAAUCUGUGUAUAACAGAAACCCAUAUCAGAUUUUCGACACCAAUGGUGAAAGAUUGGUAAGAUUGGGAUCUUCUGCAACUAAAGAGGCCAGGAAGAAGAGAAUGGCCCGCCAAAAGCAGCUUUACCCCCACCAUCGCCGCCACCAUACCCAUCAUAAUCAGCAACAAAAUCAAGCCAAUGUUGAUCAUCGUGCCAUGGAUAUCCGAGAAAAUAUCAGCCAUGGUAGUCCCUCCGUUAAUUGGGUGUACUGGUCUCCUCCCCAUACCUCUUCUCCUUCAAAUGGAGGAAUGAUCCCAUCUCCCAAUGCAUCUCAAGGGCAUGCUGCGGAUCAACCCUCCUCGCAGCAGCAAAAUUAUCAGAGACAAGCUUCUUCGAAUCGGAUGCAGCAGCAGGGUUGGAAGACGGAAAAGAACCUGAAAUUUUUGCUUCAGAAAGUCUUAAAGCAAAGUGAUGUUGGUAAUCUGGGAAGGAUUGUGUUGCCUAAAAAAGAAGCAGAAAGCCAUCUCCCAGAGCUGGAAUCUAGGGAUGGAAUUUCAAUCACCAUGGAAGACAUUGGAACAUCGCGUGUUUGGAAUAUGCGCUAUAGGUUUUGGCCAAACAACAAAAGUAGAAUGUACCUUCUUGAAAACACAGGAGAUUUUGUGAGAGUGAAUGGACUUCAAGAGGGAGAUUUUAUCGUGAUCUACUCGGACACAAAAUGUGGCAAAUAUAUGAUACGAGGAGUAAAGGUUCGACAGCCUGGAACGAAAUUAGAGGGCAAGAAACCCGCAAGGAGAAACAUGCGCAAUUUAUGCGGUGCUGGUCAGGGAUCGCCACUUGCAUCUAUCAAACGAGCAGUGUGA